UGUUCAGUUUCUUUGCAUUUGUCUUUGUCCUAAAGCUGCAAGCGGCUUCAAAAAUGGGCUCUUCGUUUUGGAUGGUGUUCUCAAUGGUCUUAGCCGGCACGCUCCUGUGUCGGGGACAAUGUCCUGACAAAUACCAGCGCUUAGAGAUGAGGAUUGAGGAGUUGGAAGCUCAGCAACGUGCGCAGAAAGAGAUGAGCUCAAUCACAGCUAGCAGGUGCACUGUGGGAGAAGUAGGCUACCAAUAUCAGAGUUUGCACAACCUCUUCGACGAUAAGAAAGAGGGUUUAACGGCCACACUCGCCUACACUAAGAAGCACAACAGCACCCUCCUGAAAAUGACCUACUCCUUAAACAUUGCAGUUGUCGAGUCUAUGGUGGUUUCAAGGUGGUAUUUCCAGAUCGACGGAAAGGAAUGCGUUGUUCCCACUCCAAUCGACAUGGGCACUUGGCAUAGCACCGCCGCGUUCUACCACAUGCCUGCUGUGCUGACUGGUAUCUGCGAGUCGACGGACGUCAGCGGAGCCUUGAUAGGCGCGGGAAAUCACUCCAUCACAGUGUGGGUUGGUCCAGUGACUCAGCCUGGUUUGGCGCAAGCAGACACCACGAACUCAGGGUGGGUGACAACGUCUUUCUUGGAAGUUCGCGAGAUAUGCCCCCCAUACUGAUGCGCCGCCACUGGCACUAGCGUGGCGCACGCUCCCAUGGAAGAAAUAGUCAUUGGGUUGGUGUUUUGUUGCUCUGUAGUUCAUGUAACGUUACUUCAACUAUGCAUGUUUGAUCCUGGUGUAUACACUUUUAAACACUGAUGUUCAGAAACUGGACACCUCUGCCGAUAAGACUAAGUAUGCUGCUCUUCUUUCUCAGUGGCUUCCACAUCUUUCUGGAUUCAUUUGCGGCACGUGGGGUCAUGCGAAUCCCAUUGUGCAUUCGCUUUUAUCAAUGCAUGUACUACUGUGGUCAACUCGCGUUGACAGUGCGAAUUGAAACAUACCUAAACACACAAAUAAAACAGAGAGCAAGCAGCUUUUUGUUCAA